GUCGCGUCGCGUCGCGCGGGCUGGAAACUUCCACGGCGCCGCGCGGCGGUUGGGCAGGGAAGCGGGUGGGUCGUGCAGCGCAGCGAGCAGCAGCAGCGGCAGCAGCAGCAGCUGCGGCCUCCCCGCCGUUCCGCCAUGGACUCGCGCAAGCUGAGCGAGCUGCGGGCCUUCGUCAGGCUGUGCAAGCAGAACCCGGGCCUGCUGCACACCGAGGAGCUGGCUUUCCUGCGCGAGUGGGUGGAGAGCAUGGGAGGUACAAUACCACCUGCUCCAGCCAAUGCCCCUGCAGAAGAGACAAGUAAGGGCAAAGCAGAGGAACAGCCAGAGGAACCAGUUAAAUCACCUGAGCCAGAAAGUGAAGAGAGUGACUUAGAAAUUGACAAUGAGGGUGUGAUUGAACCAGACAAUGAUGACCCUCAAGAAAUGGGAGAUGAAAAUGUGGAAGUAACUGAAGAGAUGAUGGAUCAAGCUAACGAGAAGAAGAUGGAGGCUAUAAAUGCUCUGAGUGAAGGUGAACUUCAGAGGGCUAUCGACUUGUUCACUGAAGCCAUCAAGUUGAAUCCUUGUUUGGCCAUCCUGUACGCCAAGAGGGCAAGUGUUUUUGUGAAACUACAGAAGCCAAAUGCUGCCAUUAGAGACUGUGACAGAGCCAUCAAGAUUAAUCCUGACUCAGCACAGACCUACAAAUGGAGGGGAAAAGCACAUAGACUUCUGGGUCACUGGGAGGAGGCUGCACAUGAUCUUGCAUUGGCUUGUAAAUUGGAUUAUGAUGAAGAUGCUAGUGCGAUGCUGAAGGAGGUGCAACCAAGAGCUCAGAAAAUUGCGGAACAUCGCCGAAAAUAUGAGCGGAAACGUGAAGAAAAGGAAAUCAAGGAAAGAAUGGAGAGAGUGAAGAAGGCACGAGAAGAGCAUGAGAGAGCACAAAGGGAGGAAGAAGCAAGGCGACAGGCAGGAGGAGCUCAGUUUGGUGGCUUCCCAGGUGGCUUCCCAGGUGGAUUUCCUGGAGCUAUGCCUGGAGGUAUGCCAGGAAUGGCAGGUAUGCCAGGUCUCAAUGAAAUUCUCAGUGAUCCAGAAGUCCUUGCGGCCAUGCAGGAUCCGGAAGUUAUGGUUGCAUUCCAAGAUGUUGCCCAGAACCCAGCAAAUAUGUCCAAGUACCAGAAUAACCCCAAGGUCAUGAAUCUCAUCAGUAAAUUGUCUGCCAAAUUUGGCAGUAAACCGUAAAAUCCUUGGUUCUUAAAAAUCAUAUCUGAAUGGGAAGGAUUGAUUUGGCUAACCAGUGUUGCAAUAAAAUGAACCAUUUUACCUCUGAUCUUCCUAAGAAGAGAAAUGGGGUGUUUUAAAGAGAAUUACUCUCUAGCCCCGUGUGUUGAACUUUCUAAUGAUUGGUUUAUAGCACUCAAAUUAUACUGAAAUAACAUACAUUUCCAACCAUCCCUCCUUGCCUAAGAGUUUGCAAACUUUUAUUAAGUAUUAAAGACAGUUUCUUCUGAAUGAAGACUCUUGUAAGAAACUGUAAUAUUCUUGGGGUGUAAGAUACAACCUCUUACAGAUUUUUUCUUUUUUAUUAUUAUUCUCAGUAAGCAAAGAGGAAGGAACUUUAAUAGAUGAAGUCUGUCUUACCCACUUUGGACGGAAUAGUUGAUCUUGUUAUAAAUAGCAAAAGUGAGACAAGUGUGAAGAAUUAACUGGAUAAAGGAAUUGUCUGCAAAUACAAGUCCUUAUUUUUUUAAAUGGGUGACUGACUUUAUAUAGCCAUUAAAAAUUAUUGAUAUAACCAUGCUAGCUAGUUAUACACUGGAACUUCUGGCAGUACUGCAAAUAAUUCAUAUUUUGAUUACCACAACUGUGCAGCAAAGGUACAGUCCUAUCCUUUGCACAGCCUGGCAUGAAAUACAUAUUGCAGAUGCCACAGAGGUUUUGUUGCUUGCUCAAUUCUUGUCCAGCACCUUUAUGUAACAUUUUAUUUAUCAAGCUGGGUGUGGAAGAGCAGCUUACUGUCUGACUUGCGCUCUUACCCUUUCCCGGUUGGCAGGUCCUCAGCUGGUUGCACUUGCCUUUCUUUGGGGCUGUGCUUACCAGGUUUCAUCUAUUUGGAAAUUUUAGGGAAGGGAAUCUUGUUCCUAUCACUACCUCUGUCCUGUUGAAUGCAAGCCAUCCAGAACAUGUAAAUGCAGAGUUCUAAAUCAGUUAAGGGGAAGAGUGCCCAACAAAAUUGCAGCUCUGGAUUCUGAAAGGGUUUGAGCCCUUAAUAUACUUAAAAACAAAAUUCCUUGGCCAAAGUUGUCUUGUUGUCUUUUUUUUUUUUUUUUUUUUUUUUUAAUAAAUCCUGCUGUCUGUUUAGAGAUGUCUCUACCACAUACUGUAGUCUUCCAUCUUUCUUGUAUCCUUUUCUUUAAAAAAACAAAAACAAAAAAAAAAAAACCCAACUUUUGUCCUGGUUUCAUACUUCAAUUCAUUGUGGUGCAGAGGAAAAGGUGAAGUAAUUGGAGCAGAUAAACAUACUUCUAACAUUUGUGAAUUAACAGCAUGGGUAUCCUUGAAAACAGCGUGUCUGUGCUGUUUAUGUUCAAUGGAUUUGUGACUACCAAUAAAGACAAUUGUUGCUUCUGUCUUUGUCUUAGCUGAAACAUUACACUUCCAUGGAGAAAUUAUUAGUUGUUCACCACUUAAUUCUCAACAUUUAUGUGUUAUUCUUUUGUAAUUCUGUAUCUUAAGCCAUAAUUGAUGUUACCGUUCCAUCUGGAUUGGUAUAGGAACUCAAAAAGAAGUGCAAAAAAUAAAUCUCCAAAUGCUUUUUUUGUCAUACUGGUAACCCUGCAGAAUGAAAUGUGAAUCUUUUUGCUUAAGAAAUAUAGUUCUGAAUACUUCUAGGAGCCUUUAAAAAUAAAGUAUGGUUUUGAAAAAUAAAA